GAACUUGCCCCAGCGAGCCAACUCCUCGGAGCCAAGUAUCCUAGACAGCAGCCUGUACUGUCAUUGUACCGCUAUCUCGACUAAUUAGCUCCCUUAUUUGAACUGGGAUUCGGUUGCUGAGCACUACGACCUAAAUUACACGUACACGACGCAGUACGGGACCCAAAGGUCGCAUGUAAAACGGUUGCAUAUGGAACGGGUGCUGGCUUAUGAAUAUAUUGACAGUCCGAAACCGCUUCAUCCUCGGAGAACGCUGGACCAAUUCUACUAUUCCUCACUGUGGAAUACGAGCACCAGGGACAGCGAUCAGACCAUCUCUAAAUGGACCGGGACUGGGGUGGAGCCGGGUGGCAGACAAAGGGCCGCGAGCAGCAGCCGCCUUAUCAUGGUUGACCAACUAUGGUGUUGGGUGCUGGAUGAGAAAACCGUCUUGUCGUUCUUCCCAUCCGGCGACCUUCAGUACAAGCACGUAGGCUUUACCGCUCUCUAUGAAAGCGUCUUGGAGAGUUGGACGCUGUGCGAGUCAGCGUGGGACCUUUAUGCACUGCUAGUCAAAGAGGCAGCUUCGUUUAUCUUCCGCCAAGAUAACAAGCGAUUUACAGAUCUGGUCGAGACGUACAGGUGGGCCAUUGGUACCAAGACGGCAUCUCAAACAAGCUAUUUUGAGGAAUACAGUCAGAACCACUCGGCGGGAGACUCGUCAGACUCAACGGCACUAGACGAUCGACGCGAGCUUCGACUCGUCCUAGACUUUGCAGACAUCAUUGACGAGCUCAACAUGAUUCGCCAUCUUGCCGAGACACAGCGCGAGGUCAUCAAGUCGCUGGCUACGGCGCUCGGGAGGCUCGAUCCGGCAGAUGAUUCACCAACGAACCGCGGAGGCAUCGUCUUCCGCCACAACACCUUCACCUGUACGGGAGAAGGUCAUCAGGUGGUAAACAUGAACCAUGGGGGAACCAGAAUAGAGGCAGAGGUGAUCCGGACCAUUGCCCAAGGUAUCAAGGGCGCGGCAAGCAAAACCAUCAUCUCGGCUGACGAAACGCUGGACUUGCUUCUCGCAGAACUGGGCGUCAUGAGGAAAGACGCCGAAUACUCGCAUAAAAUGCUGAUGGACCUGCUCGAUCUCAAACAAAAAGCGGCGGCACUGGCUGAAGCCCGGUCAACAAGCCAGCAAGGGCGCGUUGUCAUGCUGUUUACCAUCGUCACAAUUAUCUUUCUGCCCCUAUCCUUCUUUACCUCAUACUUUGGCCAAAAUAUCUCAGAUAUAACCGGCGACGACAAGAACCCAAGCAGUCAAGAGCUGUGGCGAUAUGGAGCACCCAUCAGCGUUGUGGUGAUCCUCUCGGCCCUAUUAGUUGCAUACUUCAUCACCAAACCGGAGUGGUUUUGGUUCUGUGGGAAACGCCGUGCUGCCGCCGAAGCUUAUGCCAUUGAAUUAGCAUCUUUGCGUUCGUGAAGGGCCGGGCCAGAAAGGAGGGACGGGUUGUUGUUUGUUGUCUGAGGAGAACAUGGCAGUUAGAUAUCUUUAGCCUCUACUCCACGAUGAAUUCCGGGUGCCUAAAGCUGUCUCUUUAGGUCCUUUGCCAAGCUGUAUCUAUUUUGCG